AAAAUGGAUAUUCGCAUGCAACAAUUUCGAAUAUUCUAUUCUUCAUAUACAUGACUCGAAUUUUGCUUUCAUCUUACACUUUCAUCUUCUUCAUUUUUUUACCUCAAAUUCCCAUCUUCUAUUUCCUCAAACAACUUCGAAAAAAAAAGCCAAAUUUCCCCCUUUUUUCUUGAAUCUUCGUCGAUUUUUUGUGGAUUAUUCGAUGAAGUUUGGGAAGAGUUUGAGUAAUCAGAUCGAGGAAACAUUGCCUGAAUGGCGAGAUAAAUUUUUGUCAUACAAAGAUUUGAAAAAGAAAUUGAAAUUGAUUGUUCCGAACAAUAAUAAUAAUAAUAAUAAUAAUAAUAAUAGCAAUUAUGGAGAUGAUGAGAAUAAUAAUGAUCGUCCGAUUAAGCGGCAAAAGUUUGACGAUGAAGAAAGUAUGACGAAGGAAGAAGUUGAAUUUAUUGGGUUAUUGGAAGAUGAACUUGAGAAAUUCAAUACAUUUUUCGUUGAGAAAGAAGAAGAAUAUAUCAUAAGAUUAAAGGAAUUGCAAGAAAGAGUGGCGAAGGCGAAGGCUUGUAAUUAUGAAGAGAUGCUCAAAAUUAGGAAGGAGAUUGUGGAUUUUCAUGGUGAAAUGGUUUUGUUGGAAAAUUAUAGUGCUCUCAACUAUACAGGUUUGGUGAAAAUUCUCAAGAAGUACGACAAAAGAACAGGUGCCCUGAUUCGCUUACCCUUCAUCCAGAGGGUCUUGCAGCAGCCAUUUUUCACAACUGAUUUGAUUUACAAGCUCGUCAAAGAGUGUGAAAGAAUGCUUGACCUUCUCUUUCCCACUGACAAUGAGCCAACAACCGCCCCUUUGCUCGAUGGUGAGGAGAGGUGCGAGCCUACUACAACUCCCGCCACUGACAACAACAGGCUGCUCAAAUGUCCAAAGGAACUUGCCGAUAUAGAGCAAAUGGAGAGCCUUUAUAUGAAGAGCACAAUCUCAGCAUUGAGAGCUUUGAAAGAAAUCCGAAGCAAAAGCUCAACAGUGAGCAUGUUUUCGUUGCCUCCCCUGCAACUGGGAGGCUUAGAGGAGACAUGGAAGAAGAUACCUAUUCUCGAACAAGUAGCCAAGUAGCCGGAACCUUGUUCUAUAGGGGAUUAGGCAUCGCUUAGUUUGUGUAUCUUUUUCUUCCUGCGUGUGUUUUGUCCCUUCACUCUUGUGUUAGCUACUACUAACAACAGAUGUAAUACACAUAAUUUUACUUGAAUUACCACUGUCAGAUAUUAGAACGGUUGUACUUGAAAGUUCAAAAAUUGUUUCAAUGUUUUAAA